AUGGCCUCAAGUGAAAGCCUCAAGAAUCUGUUCUCUGGGAAGCCAACAAGUUCAAUAGAACAUGUUGACAGCAGCAGUGAGCAAACAAUGGUUCAAUCAGAAUGUGAUUUCAGGGAAUUUUUGCAUGCAAAUAAGAGGAGAAUCAUUGCAGAGACAGAGUCUCCUUUGAAUCCUGCUCUGCAACAAAUAAAUAAAGCUGGGAAAAAUCAAACCCUCAAGAAUGCAGAAUUACAGAAUCCAAAAACUGAGAAACCCACUUUACAACAGUCCUGGGAUGCAAUCACAAAGACAGUUGACACACUGGAUGAUGACUCAGUGAGAGGUUAUAAGGAGGAUAUUGAUACACUUUUGGUUUUUGCAGGCCUAUUCUCUGCAGUUGUUACAGCAUUUGCAGUAGAAUCAUAUCAAUGGUUAGAAGAAGAUCCUGCUGAUAAGAAUGUUGCCCUCCUUGAACAGAUUGUUCAGCAAAUGAAUGGUCAACCACCAUCUCCACCUUCACAUUUUACUCCCUCUCCCUCAGUUGUGCGAAUCAAUACAUUCUGGUUCCUCAGCCUAACACUUGCUCUGGUUGAUGCAUUGUUUGGACUCCUCUGCAAGCAGUGGCUUCGUGAGCAUCAGCGACAAACCAAUACACCUAGACCUGGCCAGGCAUUGGCUCUUCGCUGGCUACGUCACCACAGCUUUGAACAGUGGCAUGUCCCAGGAAUCCUUGCCUCACUCCCAAUUCUGCUGGAAAUUGCACUCUUCCUUUUCUUUGCAGGCUUAUUGGAGCUUUUGUGGACCCGACAUCCUAUCCCAUUUGCAAUUGCUCUGGCCAUUGUUGGAUUUGCUAUCUUGUUCUAUCUCACUACUGCUAUCCUUCCAGGAUUGCUCCUAAUCCGACAAGUCCUUCAAAUUCAUCCCAACCUUGCAUAUGACCCCCAAUUGAUCCCGGAAAGAAUACCCAACUUGCCACCAAUCAACUUGAUAUGCCCCUACAAAUCCCCCCAAUCAUGGCUCAUGUUCCACCUCCUUUCAGCAAUGUUCCAUCUUUCAGGUUGCAAAAAGCUUCUAUACUUUGUCAUGGCUGCAUGCAACCCAGACUGGAAGGAACAUUCUCUUACUCUAGAUGAUACUGUGAGGAAGAAUAUUUUGAACCUUUCCAACUGGUCAUCACAUGAUCUCAAUGUUGUACAGCGAUUCUCAAGGAUUUCACAUUGUCCUGACCUGAAUGAACUGAAGGGAUUUCGAUGGCUUGUUCAGGAGACCCGGGAUAUACCAUCUAUGAAACCACAUGUCAUCAAUGCACUGGCAGAAUUACCCAAACAUUUGGUUAUGCCAGCUGUUUUUGAGCGGUGGCACACAUUUACAUCAUUUGACGAUUUGGCCGUUGGAGUUAAUCCUGAUGGUGACUUAUUUGGUGAUCAUGUGUCGGAACAUGCCUCUGCUCUCACUUCUCAGAUUCUAUGCUUCCGACACUUGUUGACCACCUGGAACUAUGAUUGGUCGGUCCCAGUAGCAGGUGAUCUCUGGCAGCGUGUACUCAAGGAGCCGAUAAAUGGCCCAUUCAUGCGGGCCUUUUUUCAUCCAGAGGACGUGCUGAUGGGCCAAACAACAGCCUGGCGUCAAGAAAUUUUGGAAUUUUAUAUGCAACAUUGGGAUGAAUUGGACAUCUACUCUCAAGGCAAGCUGGUGGACACAUUAGCCAGGACAGUUCUCUCCUUCCUUGAAUCAUCCGAUCACAACUUUGAAUCCACACUCCUCGCAUCCUCCCAUGGUCUUGAUUUUUUUACUUUCUUGAACAACAAAUUAUCCAGAGUGGAGGGCAUUGCAAAUUAUUUCUUUUAUGCUGAACAUUGGGUUGCCUUGAUGAGCUGCCUACGACGGAUUCAUCAGCUGCCACUGCUUUAUUUCCGAUGGGUGCCGGGUCAUUUUCCGAUACCACACCAGGAACUGCUCGAAAACCUCUUAGGCGACUCAUCUCGCAUAUCUAAUUCUUUCAUCGGGCCUUUUUUAGAUUCCUACAAGCAGAGCUGGGACUAUGUGAAAAUCGAGCACCGCAAGAAGGAACUGGUCAGAGUCUUGACACACCACAUCGAUAGCACAGUCCCAAUGCCAGUUCGGGCACGUUCUCAUCCAAACUCACCGACUAAAGGCUGGCAGCAUUUGUCCUUGCCCUCGUCUGCUAUCAUCGAGUCACAACAAUAUCUUGACUUCCUGACUUUUGUCAACGAGAAGCUCGAGAAGGAACCUUACUUGCUUUGGUAUUGUGAUGCAGGCACCAUCGAAGACUGGGUGGACGCUCUAGAACGCAUCCGAGUUUACUGUCGGCUACCAUCCGGUUAUUUCAAACCCAUUCCCAAGGUUGACGACUUAACUGGAGAGACCGUAGGUUGGUAUAUGCCGAGGAGGAGUAAAAGAGAGGGACAUCGGAAUCGAGAAGCUUACGAACUUAGGCGCGUGAAAAAGAAAGAAACGCUUCGACUGGUGAAAGACCGGGAAUUGGGCGGCGGUUACAGAGACGAAAAUGAACCCAGCGGAAGUUGGAAUCCAUCAGCCGAAUGA